AUGGCCAACGCCAUCUUUCCCGUCACCGCCGCCGUUGUCGUCCUCUUCGUCCUCCUAUCAUCCGCCGCUUUCAUCCAUUCCAAACCCUUCGCAAGAAGUAUAUCGAAAGCCGACAUAGGGUUGGAGAACAAGAAAGAGAAGUUGACCCACUUGCACUUCUACUUCCACGACAUCCCCAGCGGGACCCACCCGUCGAACUCGGUGUUCGAUAAGGUUAGGGAAAUGCCGGUGGUCGGAGGGAGUGGAGUCUUCCGGUUGGCUCGAGGUUAUGCUCAGGCCAAGACUGUUGUGUUUGAUCUCAAGUCCGGUGAUGCUAUUGUGGAAUACAACGUCUAUGUUUUCCAUUACUGA